AUGAGGUAUCGUGGAACAUCCAGUUGUCGACAUGUCGCCAGAUACAUGCAUUACAACGAGAUGAACGAGCUUCCAGAGGGAUUCUUUAAGAAUUUAAAGGACAUCAUGAGAGUGACUGUGGACACGAACCUGAUGUGCUGCCAUCUGCACAAGGAAGACGCUGGCUGUGACUUUGCUUUCAACGACAACUUUGCCAAUUGUGAGAGCAUGUUCAGGAAUCCAGCCCCAAGGACAAGUAUCUGGGUGAUAGGAUCCCUCUCAAUCAUUGGUUCGGUAUUCGUUCUCAUCUGGAGAAGGAUCUUCAAAGAAAAAAACGUGGUACAGAACAUCAUGUUAAGGCAUUUGGCGGUGUCUGAUGGCUUGAACGGAAUAUAUCUAUACACAGUGGGUACGAAAGAUCUUCUGUGGUCUGGGAAGUAUUACCUGCAUGACUUCAAGUGGCGUACUGGUUGGUCUUGUCAGCUUACAGGGGCUAUCGCUUUGUUAUCCAGUGAGGUGUCUUUAAUGAUGAUGUCUCUGAUCUCCGCUGACCGGCUUAAGAAUAUUGUGUUCCCUUACGAUGGUACUGCUCUUACGCAAAGGGCGACGCACAUUCUGUGCUUCAUUAUCUGGGUUGUUGGUUUCCUGAUUGCAUUCUUUCCAAUGUUUGGCCUUCCGUAUUUUGAUCACCCCUACGGGUACCACACUUACUAUGGCAGAUCUGUUGUUUGCCUGCCACUGCAACUUACUUCUAAAAAGCCAGUAGGAUGGGAGUACUCCGCUGCUUUCUUUGUUGGCCUUAACUUUGCCAUUUUCCUCUUUAUCACGGUUGCUUAUACCAUGAUAUUCGCUAAGUCCUACCUAUCGAGUCGGCGUAUGGCCCGCCAAGGUACUGCCAGAGAGAUCCAAGCCAGAUCCAAAUCAGCCACCGCAAAAAGAGAAAGAGCCCUUGCUAGGCGGGUUUUCUGUAUCAUCCUUACCGAUUGUGCCUGCUGGAUGCCCGUGAUAGUCAUUGGACUCAGGUCAAUCUUGGAAAAGUCUUUCUCUUCUCCUGGAGACCUAGCUGUGUGGCUAGCUGUGUUUGUGCUCCCGAUAAACUCGGCCUUAAACCCCAUCCUGUACACGUUAUCUACACCACAGGUAAGAACCAGUUUCUUGCUUCUAAAAUUUGAGACUAUUUUGUUUAUCUGCAGUAAUACAAUAUCUACGUGGACGUUACUCUUUCUUCACCUGUAGCCUUCUGCCCAGGGACUGUGCGGAAGCAGGGGCUGG